GCUGCUGCUCACCCUCGGUUCAGGGGCGGGCGUGGAGAAUGGCCUCGGAGAUGGAGUCGUCGCUCGAGGCCAGCUUCUCGUCCAGCUGUGCGGCGUCCGGGGCCUCGGGCUGUCUGCCUCCGGCCCGCUCCCGCAUCUUCAAGAUCAUCGUGAUCGGAGACUCGAAUGUGGGCAAGACGUGCCUCACCUACCGCUUCUGCGCCGGCCGCUUCCCCGACCGCACCGAGGCCACCAUCGGCGUGGACUUCCGAGAACGGGCCGUGGACAUCGACGGCGAGCGCAUCAAGAUCCAGUUAUGGGACACGGCGGGGCAGGAACGGUUCCGAAAGAGCAUGGUGCAGCAUUACUACAGGAACGUGCACGCCGUCGUCUUCGUGUACGACAUGACCAACAUGGCCAGUUUCCACAGCCUGCCGUCUUGGAUAGAAGAGUGCAAGCAGCAUUUGCUAGCGAAUGACAUACCACGGAUUCUUGUUGGAAAUAAAUGUGAUUUGAGAAGUGCCAUUCAGGUACCCACAGACUUGGCACAGAAAUUUGCUGACACACACAGUAUGCCUUUGUUUGAAACAUCUGCUAAAAACCCCAAUGAUAAUGACCACGUGGAAGCUAUAUUUAUGACGUUGGCUCAUAAACUAAAGAGCCACAAACCAUUAAUGCUUAGUCAACCCCCUGAUAACGGAGUUACCCUGAAACCUGAAACGAAGCCUGCAGUGACCUGCUGGUGCUAGGUAACAGUCUUGGCUACGACAUUGUCUGGGAAGAAGUACUUCGAAGUGUGACAGCAAUCAGUCAUAAGGGUUAAUCAAACAUAAUGGACCAUCCUGACACUGCUGUCAUUUUCAUGCUUACUUUUGUAUUUUGUAUCCACCUACCAAGUUUGUCACUGUGACCACAUAGGGAAUGGGCUGGGUUUUAUCUGAGCUUGAAAACGGAGCAAAGAUAGGAUGACCCAGGUCAGCUUUUGCUCAAGUGAGCGUGCUGGGCUGGGAUUUUCAGGCUCAGUCGUGGUUCCAGCCCACGCUGCUAGCACUGAGAGAGAGCAGGGUAGAGCCCGCCGUGGACGUCCGAGUUGCCGUUGACGGCCAGGGCAGAGGCGAGGUGGUGCUCUGUUUUUAUUUUGGUACCCGUAAUCACUAAGAAUGAAACGAAAGCACCCAGGGAGCUGCACAUUGGGGGAGUUACUUUAACUAUGCCCUUCAAUUGAAAUAUUAGAUGUUUGAGAAAGCUCUUAAUUUGAGAAGCCAAGAACUAAACUAAAAAGACACCAGCACCUACUUUUGUUAGUAAGCCUGGGUUCCAGGUGUUACUUCCAGCUAAUUUAAUGACGAAAUGCUGGAUUAAAUCAGGCGUCCAUUUGAAAAUAGGCACUUUGACGUGCUGAGCCAUCUCUCCAGACCAACAGCAUCCAUUGGGAUUGAAGGGCUGAUGGCAUACCUCAAGUUGCUGUGAGUCUGCACUUAUUUCUGUAAUAAUACUGUUUCAACAGCUUUAAAAAUGCUUAAAUUUUAUGGUCACAGCAAACUAUUCCUCAAUAUAAAGAAAAGGUUAAAUACUGAAAAAUAUCUUGCCUGUUCCUCACUGAUGGAACGAAUAUUUCAAAAAGUUUUUGCCCUAGAUAAGUUUUAUUUUAAACUUAAGACUUUGCACAAACAGCGCGCUUGCAUAUGAAGCAAUUUACAGAAAUGGGAUGUAAGCCAUGCUUCAGCAGAAGUGAACAUGUUCUCUGGGUCUGACAGCCAGCGUCUUCGGUAACUUCAGAGAAGUUCAGCCAAAAGAUGUUUUCCUUAAAUAUUUUCAGAAUGUGGGAAACAAAGAUAAUCUAAUCUAGUUUCAGAUUUUUGUUUAAUCAUGGUGGUCCCAGCUGGAUAACGGAGUUACAAAAAUAAAGUUGUUUUAUUCAAUAAACUAAGUGCAAGUAAAAGUUACAAUAAGUACUCACUUUUAAGUAUUUUAGAGGUCCAGUUGGAUUUAAUUGCAUUUAGGGAGGUUAACCUGUUUUUCUUAAUCAUCCUAGAAUCAAAGAUUAAAAAUUAUCUUUUAUCUAAAUUGACAUUGAUUUAUAACUAUUUUUAUAGAAGAACAUGAUGGCUAUGGUGAUUGUGAUGGACAUAAUAGUUUCUUAGAGAAGAAGAGCUUUAUUGCUUCCAAAAUAUUUUCUAAAACGGCAGGAAGUAAAUUUAUAAACUUCCCAAGCACAUUGAUCGGUGUUUGUUGUUUUGUUUUGUUUUCUUUUUUCAUUACUGUAAUUAAUGGUUUUUAAAAAAGUAACUGUUUCUUUCUGUAAGGAGUCAAUAAAUAUUCUUU